GUAGUCUUUGCAAGAAUGAUGAAAACUUGUAUUCAACAACACGAACUUGAAUCCAACUCUGGUAAAUGUUGUUUACAAUGUGAAGACGUCAUCAGUUAUCUGGUGGUUCAAGAGGCUCAAACGACGAUUAAGUCUUUUCAAAACAUAUUGUUUGAAAUGCUACAGCCAAUAGUUUUGGUCCAUGGAGGAGCGGGUGAUAUUCCUUUCGAACGCGUUGAUGGUAAACUGGUAGGCGUAAAAGCAGCUGCCAAAAUCGGCUAUCAUAAAUUACAAGAAACUGGCUGUGUUUUGGAUGCUGUAGAAGAAGCUGUGCGUAAUAUGGAGUUGGAUCCUUAUUUUAACGCUAGUUAUGGAUCGGUUUUAACAGCAGAUGCUACAAUCGAGCUAGAAGCAAGCAUAAUGAAUGGAGCCAAUCUGAAAGUUGGAUGUGCUGCCUUGGUUAAAGAUAUUAUGCAUCCAAUAAGUCUGGCAAGAAAAGUAAUGAAUACUCCACACAAUUUUUUAGCUGGAAAUGGAGCUAUGGAAUUAGCAGAGCAAGAGAGCUUUGAAAUUCUACACUCAGGGCAACUUGUUACACAUUAUGCCCGUGAAGCCUUGGCAGAAUGGAAGGAAGGUUUGAACAAAGGUGAAGAACGAUUCGCUCGCACAGAAAUUGGUACUGAGAAUAAAUAUAAGAAAGUCGAAACAGAAACGGUAGGUGCCGUGGCUAUUGAUUGCAAAGGAAAUAUUGCGGUAGCGACGUCCACAGGAGGAAUUACUGGAAAACUUCCCGGUAGAAUAGGGGACACACCGCUUAUUGGAUCCGGUACUUACGCAGAUAACCUCGUAGGUGUCUCUACCACAGGUCAUGGAGAGACCAUUAUGAAAUAUUGUUUGGCGCAUACCAUUCUUAAAAGAAUAGAUUUUCUCAAAGAAAAUGCUCAAAUUGCCACAGAAAAUGCUUGCAAAACAAUGACUGAACGAUUAAUAGGAGAGGGUGGAGCUAUAACAAUAGAUUAUAAGGGUCAAGUUGGAAUUUCAUUUACAUCGAAGCGAAUGGCAUGGGCAUAUGUCAAGGAUAGUACUAUACAUUAUGGCAUAGAAAAAAACCAGCACCUCCAGGAAUUUCUUUAAUAUGUGUUCAAGCCAACUUACCUAGAAUCCAAGCGAUGGUAUCGAUGCCCAGAUGUCAACUUAUAUUUGAAAUGUCCUAUUUGCCUUUUGCAAUUACUAAUCAUUUCGGGAUCAGAUUUAACUUGAAAACAGCAGAAAUGUUUUUAUCGUACUAGUAAACUUUUUUCACAAAAAAGCGGUACGUAACAUUUCUAUAAAAGAAUCAUUAAUCUAGGCACUAUUUACUAAAGAAUUGUUAUCAAGUA